AUGUUGGUUGGAGGAGGAGCCGAGGAGAAACAAGAGCAGUUGCUCAUCAAAGCUAAACAAAAACGAGAGGUUUUAUCUGAAAAUGCUCGUUUUGAGCAAAUAUGGAGAAGUCGAAAGGGGAAAAAUGAAGCUGUAGAAGAUGAAGCGGUACAUGACAUAUAUCGACUCUAUGAUGUUGUUCAGGUUGAUGAGGAGGAGAAAGAGAAUGAAGUGCAAGAAAAGGAGGAUAUAGAAUUGCAGGACCACAGGAUGAUGGCUCAAUAUUUGCCUCUCCUAAGAGAAGUUUUGUCAACUGCUGCUGUGGAGAUUGAAGAUAAUAUUCACUAUUACACGUCCAGACGAGCAUUUUCAGAUGAUAAUGUUUAUGAUUUUUAUGCUGUUAAGGGCGACCCCAACAUUACCGAGACUGAUUCUGCAAGCCAAUUUCCUUUGGUUCAAGUUGACGAUGACGAUACCUACUAUGAUGGUCCAGAUGAUUCAGAAUAUGAAACAGAUGAUUCUAAUGCGGAGAACAGUCCAUUUAGUGAGUAUCCGGAUGAAAAGACGCCUGAGGAUGAGGAUGAUGUUGUAAGCACAGAUCAUCUGAUGAGAAAUCCGAGCUUGAGAGCAGAUAUUCCGAGAACCGAUCUGAAGAAUUUGAAAGUGAAAGUCAUACAUUUUAUAAUAAACAUGAGGAUACAGGCCCUUACGACUGGUUGGACAAUGCAGAUUCAUUGUUCACAGAUGACGCGUGCUUUGAUGGCGAUGAGGAAAUUUACGAUGUUGGUUGUCCUAGCGAUGAAGAUUUCAGGUAAUUUCGUUUUUGGUCCAAUGCACAGAAUUCUGUCAAAGACUUUGUCUAGAAGGAUUUCACACUUCCCUCGUGCUAUAACACAAUCACCAUUCUCAACUUUGGCUAAUACUGCUGGAGAAGAUGACGCCGUUCUUCUCAAAAUGCCCCCCUUCGACUAUACUCCUCCGCCUUACGCCGGUACCUCCGCCGAUGAAAUCAUCAAGAAACGAAAAGCUUUCCUCAGCCCCUCCAUCUUCCAUUUUUACGAUGACCCAUUGAAUUUGGUUGAUGGGAAAAUGCAGUAUUUGUUUGAUGACAGGGGUAGGAGAUAUUUGGAUGCUUUUGGAGGAAUAGCCACUGUGUAUUGUGGGCACUGCCAUCCUGAAGUAGUGGAUGCAAUUGUUAGCCAAACAAAACGCCUUCAGCAUGCAACCAUUUUGUACUUAAAUCAUGCUAUUGCGGAUUUUGCUGAGGCUCUUGCUUCAAAACUCCCAGGGGAUCUCAAGGUUGUUUUCUUCACGAAUUCUGGGACGGAGGCAAAUGAGCUGGCUUUGUUGAUGUCACGGUUGUACACAGGUUGUCAUGAUGUCAUUUCAAUUAGGAACGGGUAUCAUGGCAAUGCGGCAGGGACAAUGGGAGCCACAGCUCAAAGUAGCUACAAAUUUAAUGUUGUUCAGACUGGAGUUCACCAUGCUCAGAACCCUGACCAGUACAGAGGCAUCUUUGGUUCAGAUGGAUUGAAGUAUGCAAGGGAUGUUGAUGAGAUGAUUACCUAUGGAACAUCUGGUCGUGUUGCUGCAUUUAUAGCAGAAGCCAUACAGGGAGUGGGUGGCAUUAUGGAGUUGGCCCCAGGAUAUUUGCCAGCUGUCUAUAGCACCAUUAGAAAGGCUGGGGGACUUUGUAUAGCUGAUGAGGUUCAAUCAGGUUUUGCUCGCACUGGAAGCCAUUUUUGGGGGUUUGAGUUCCAUGGUGUUGUGCCUGAUAUUGUUACCAUGGCAAAGGGCAUCGGAAAUGGAAUUCCCCUUGGUGCUGUGGUUACCACUCCAGAGAUUGCAAAAGUCUUGACUCAGCGCAAUUAUUUCAAUACCUUCGGUGGUAAUCCUGUAUGUACUGCUGCUGGGCAUGCUGUUCUUAAAGUAAUAGAAAAAGAAAAUCUUCAGCAGAAUGCAUUCAAUGUGGGAUUGCACCUGAAGCAACGUCUAAAUUCCCUGAAGGAGAAAUACGAGAUUAUUGGAGACGUGAGGGGAAGAGGUCUGAUGCUCGGGGUGGAACUUGUAACAGAUAGUCACCUAAAAACUCCUGCUAAGGCUGAGACUGCGCAUGUGAUGGACCAGAUGAAAGAAAUGGGGGUACUGAUAGGAAAGGGGGGCUUUUUGGGGAAUGUAUUCAGGAUCACUCCUCCCCUAUGCUUCACCAAGGAGGAUGCUGAUUUCCUCGUGGAUGUGAUGGACUACACAAUGUCAAAGAUGUAA